AUGUCGUGGGCGGCAAAGUUGAGAGUUCCUCAGGUGACUGAAACGUCACGUUGGAUUAAUAAUGAUAUUCGCCCCAUCGAAUCGGCACGCCGCACCUGGGGUUUCCUCACAUUCAACAAUUACUGGCUCCUCAUUAACACUAACAUCUCGACGUAUCUGACGGGAAGCGCUCUCAUCCCGUUGGGCUUGACAUGGUGGCAGGCAUUUAUUUGCAUCAUUGUCGGUAAUCUGCUGGCGGCUGGAGCCACGGUUCUCAACUCGCUGCCAGGAGCUUACUACCAUGUCGGAUACCCUGUCAUCAACCGUGCUGUCUGGGGCAUGUGGGCGUCGCAGUUCGCUGUGUGGAAUCGCAUCUUCCUGUCUCUUGUCUGGUACGGCUAUACGGCCUGGAUUGGCGGGGAGUGUGUAUACGUGAUCUUGCAAUCCUGGGACCCUAACCUAGAAGCACACGUCCCCAACCAUAUGCCAGAAGACACUGGUAUGACCACUGCUGCAUUCAUGGCCUAUGUUAUCUUCAUGGUCAUCAGCGCUCCCGUGGGCUGGAUCCGCCCGCACAAGCUCGAAAAGUUCUUUUACAGCUCUAGCUCCAUCACCAUGGUCUUUUUCCUCGUCUUCCUGAUCUGGUCGCUUGCCACCAUGGGCGCUGAUGGAUUCGGCGAUACGAUUAGCAGCGCUGAGGACCUGCCCAGCAACGGCAGCCCUGACAGUCUGCCCUGGCUGAUGGUCUACGGCAUCAUGUCCACUAUCGGCUCGAUUGCUGCGGGCAUCCUGAAUCAGAAUGAUUAUGCACGUUUCGCAGCUGCUCCCAGACACGCUAUCCUUGGCCAGGCCAUUCCAUUCCCCGUGUACGGUAUCCUCUGCUCCAUGAUCGGCAUCUUGGUCACCGCCGCGACCCAGCAUCGUUUCGGUGGCGAGGCCAUCUGGAACCCUCCGACGUUGCUGUCGCGUCUCAUCGCCAACAAUCCGACGGCCGGGACACGUGCAGCCUGUUUCUUUGCUGGCUUAGCACUGGUCAUUUCCCAAAUUGGCGUCAAUGUGCCGGGCAAUGCGCUAGGUGGUGGCUUUGAUCUUGCGGCUACUUUUCCUCAGUACAUCAACAUCCGCCGUGGCACGUUUAUCACUAUGCUCUUCAGCCCUCUUGUGAAUCCAUGGCGCCUGGUCAACACCGCCACCACCUUUCUCACGGUCCUGUCCUCAUAUUCGGUGUUUCUGGGUCCCAUGACUGGCAUGAUGGUCGCCAGCUACUUGGUAGUCAACCGGAAGAAGAUCAAUGUUGACGACCUGUACAACGGGUCCUCGAGUAGUAUCUACUGGUACAAGGCGGGCAUCAACUGGCGCGCUCCUGUGGCGUGGACGGUCGGCGUAGCUCCAUGUCUGCCUGGUUUCAUCGCUGCCGUCAAUGCCUCGGUGAGCGUUCCUGCUGGACUCACGAAGCUGUACUACAUGAACUACCUGUACGGAUUCCUCUCUAGCGGUUUAGUGUAUAUUGUACUGCACAGAGUAUUUCCAUCCUCCAAGCUCAGUGCCUUCGUCAAGGACAGCACCACCGCGGAGCAGACUAUGGCGUACUACAGACAGAAAUGGGAGAUGGAAGACAGCGACCGACAUGCUGUGAUUGAUGACAUCAACAAAGGCAACGAUCGUCAGUCGGUUCUUGCUUUCUGA